GGGAAUAUAUCAAACAUGAACUUGAAGAUAAUGGAAAUGUUAAAAUCACAUGCCCAGAAGAUGGAUGUAACGAAAUAUUAAAUCAGAAAGAUAUAAAAGAAUUCGCAAGUGAGGAGACAUUUAGACGGUAUGAAAGAUUUUUGCUAAAUCUUGCAUUAUCGCAAAUUCCUACCUUUCAAUGGUGCUUAAAUCCGAAAUGUGGAUCAGGGCAGGACCAUUAUCAAGAAAACGUUCCGAUAAUGGUCUGUAAUUUGUGUGGGCAAAAGUCCUGUGUUGUACACGGACUUCCAAUUGACAUUGAGUGCGAACAAUGCAGAGAACAGGAAGAUGAACGUAGACAACAAGAAGAACAACAUAGACAAAGAGAUGAAGAACGCAUACGAAGAGAAGAGGAAGAGCGCAGAAGACAAGAAGAAGAGGAACGUAGGCGACGAGAAGAGGAAGAACGCAGAAGACGGGAGGAAGAGGAACGUAGGCGACGAGAAGAGGAAGAACGCAGAAGACGGGAGGAAGAGGAACGUAGGCGACGAGAAGAGGAAGAACGCAGAAGACGGGAGGAAGAGGAACGUAGGAGGCAAGAGGAAGAACGUAGGAGGCAAGAGGAAGAGCGUAAGAGGCAAGAGGAAGAGCGUAGGAGGCAAGAGGAAGAACGUAGGAGACAAGAGGAAGAGCGUAGGAGACAAGAGGAAGAGCAAAGAUUAGCAACACUUCGAAAUGCCGAAAAUGCAUCUGAAUCCUACGUAACUCAAUUUAAGCAAUGUCCAAAGUGUAAGAGUAGAAUUGAGAAAAAUGGAGGAU